AUGUGUCUAACGCUUCGCGGGAAGAAAUACUGGAAAUGCGCGGAGCCCGGUUGCCGGCAAACGGCUGUGACACUGAUGGACUCAAAAGAUAUGGUGAAGUCCCCUUCUAUAGAGCACCCAGGGCACGGUCCAUCCAGGGAGAAAAUUGUGAAAAAUGAAGUUGCCUGGAAUGUGAAAAAUGCCAUUUCUCAGCACUCUAUGGCUUCCGUUGCAGCGGCUUCUUCUGAUUCGAUAGCUGGGUUGAAGGCAGCAGAUCGAGGAUACCUGAAUGCCUUGAAUCAGGUUGCUCUAAGGGAGAGGAGAACAGAAAUUCCUGCAUUGCCACCCACAGUCGCAGAUCUUCAGGUUGACGGCAGCUACCGCUGUACAACGGAGGGUGUGGACUGGCUCAGUCAUGAUCAUGUGCACAAUGCCCUUCGGAUGAUGAUUUUCACCACCACAAAGAAUUUGGAAUACCUUCAGCAUGCAACCACUUGGUACGGCGAUGGGACGUUCGGAAUUGCACCGCGAGCACGGGAUGACGGUUUUGCUCAACUUUAUUCCUUGCAUGCACUUUGCUUUCUUCCUCUGUCGUGGUAUUUUGAAGUUGGACUUUUUCGUUCCAAGCUUGAGGAAAUAGAAUUUCGAGAAAGGACCGUAUUCACCGAAUGCGGUGUCGGAUAG